GAUGCUGUUAAACUUGAGCACAAUCGUAUAUAACGGAUCUAAUUUCGAAUACUACAGCAAAGAAAUCCUGUCAAAUUUUUGAAAUCUGAUGAUACCGAAGAAUAUAAUGGUUCGGUGUAUGUGCAAGGAUCUGGAAAUAAUUUUGGUGAUACCCUGUAAUCAUGUAGUCUUAGCUAGCACCUUAUUAUAAUGAGAGUGCAGACAAAGGGAGUUUGUCGCAGAUGAUAUCGUGAACAUCGACAUUUCUUUGUCUGGGUGGGCACUGCUGAAGCAUAUAAGCAGUUGUUACAAUACUUGCAUAAUUAGUUUUUGUAAACGUCAAGCAAACAUAUUAAUAGCUUUUGGUCUGGUCUGGUCUUGUCACUUUCUAUAUUCCCUGGAGAGUCAUUUAGACAAAGAUGGAGAUGACAAGGAAUACUGGCGAUCAGAUAAGCCUAGGAAGGCGUCGCUUGUGCAUGAUAGAAGAAGAAAGGAGAGCCGGGGAGGCUGGUAAGUGUAUUAAAAGACGACGAAGAGACCCUUCCACAUUUGCAUUAAGCUGCAAUAUUAAUGAUCAACAAAGUGACCAGCAGCAGCAGCAACAGUCACUUGGUGAUCGAACUGCAGCUGUUGCCACUACUGUCAAGAGAAGUUCAAGAUUUCGGGGAGUUAGCAGGCACCGUUGGACCGGACGAUUUGAAGCUCAUUUAUGGGAUAAAGGAACUUGGAAUCCAACACAGAGAAAGAAGGGUAAACAAGGUACGUACGUAGUUUCCAAGCCUUCUUGGCUUGUUAAAUCUGCUUCACCGUCCCUGCCUCAGAUACUUAAGGUACUUGAUUACUCACGAUCGGCCUUUUCAUCUGUGUGCAUAUCAACUUCAUUUUGCUCGGGGAAGUUUAUCUUGGAGCUUAUGAUGAAGAAGAAUCCGCUGCAAGAGCAUAUGAUUUAGCUGCUCUCAAGUACUGGGGAACGUCAACUUUCACAAAUUUUCCGGCGUCUGACUACGAGAAAGAGAUUGAAAUAAUGAAAACGGUAACCAAAGAAGAAUAUCUAGCCUCCUUGAGAAGGAGAAGCAGUGGGUUUUCAAGAGGUGUAUCCAAAUACAGAGGAGUUGCUAGGCACCAUCACAAUGGGAGAUGGGAAGCAAGGAUAGGGAGAGUGUUUGGAAACAAAUAUCUUUAUCUUGGCACGUACAGCACUCAAGAGGAAGCUGCUCAUGCCUAUGAUAUAGCAGCCAUUGAAUACAGAGGGAUCAAUGCUGUAACCAAUUUCGAUUUAAGCACAUACAUCAGAUGGCUGAAGCCAGAAGCCAGUCUUCCUGCACCUCAAACUCAAGAAUCGAAGCCAGCUUCAGACCCCCUGCCGAUGGCAACCUUCUCCAAUCACCUUCCGAGCGAGAAACCAACCCAGCUAUCCGUUCUCCAGAUGGACCCUUCUUUAAUGGAUAAUUUAAACACCCCUAAAAACGAGGACAUUUUUCACAGGAAGACGCUUCCCGUUAGCCCCCUCACUAGGUCAUCCUCCUCGACUGCCCUUAGCCUCCUCUUUAAAUCUUCAAUAUUCAAAGAGCUUGUGGAGAAGAACUUGAAUACCACCUCCGAAGAAAUUGAAGAAAAUGAUUCGAAAAACCCGCAUAAUGGCAACAACAAUGCUGGGGAGGCAUUCUAUGAUGGACUCAGCCCCAUUCCUCACACAGGCACUUCAACCGAGGAUCCGUUCUUGUGCUCAGAGCAAGGAGAGACAAAUACAUUGCCACCAUACAGUGGAAUGGAGCAAUCUCUUUGGAAUGGAGCCUUGAGCAUGCCUUCUCGUUUCCGUUAACUAGAGAUUCCAACUUCCUUCUGCCUCUUCCUUGCAUGAGGCAAUGCAGCUAACUAGUCUGUGAAUGAGUACCAUAAAUUGCUCUUACAAAUAAAUGCAGAUACCCUCUCCUCCCUCCAACACUCUUUAAGUAUCUCAUCUAUAAUGAAAAUAAUACACUUCCUAUUUUCAUGAUCAA